UUGGGAAAAGUAAACAAACAAGUUCUCGCGCUUUCAAUUUAUUUUUCGACUAAUUUACUACUCCUCAAGUUACUUUAAUUAAUUAAAAUCAUCAAUAAGUCAAUAAGUAAUAUAAUUAAAUCAAAGUGAUUAUCAAAUAACACGAAAAACAUCUUAAAAUGCCAUUUGCUAACCAACCUGUGGUAACAAUCACCGAAUUAACAGGAGAAAAUGUCAAAUUUAUCGUCGAGGAAACAGAAUUAAGUGUUGCAAACAGCUUAAGACGAGUAUUUAUAGCAGAAACUCCAACAAUCGCCAUCGAUUGGGUACAAUUAGAAUCAAAUACAACAGUUCUUGCUGAUGAAUUUAUAGCUCAUCGAGUUGGUUUGAUUCCAUUAAUUUCUGAUGAUGUUGUGGACAGAAUGCAGUACAGUAGAGAUUGUGUAUGUGUUGACUUUUGUCCAGAAUGCAGCGUAGAAUUUACUCUGGAUGUUAAAUGUUCUGAUGAACAGACUCGUUUAGUCACAACUGCUGAUUUAAAAUCCAGUGAUCCAAGAGUACUUCCAGUUACAGCAAGAAAUCGUGAAGACGAUGAUAACGAGUAUGGUGAAAAGACGGAAGAAAUCUUAAUUGUUAAGCUUCGACAAGGACAAGAGCUGAAAUUAAGAGCAUAUGCAAAGAAAGGAUUUGGUAAGGAACAUGCUAAAUGGAAUCCAACGGCUGGCGUUUCGUUUGAAUAUGAUCCUGAUAAUGAAAUGAGACAUACAUUGUUUCCAAAACCUGAUGAAUGGCCAAAAAGUGAACAUUCAGUUCUCGAAGAUGAUCAAUACGAAGCUGAUUAUAAUUGGGAGACAAAGCCAAACAAGUUUUUCUUUAAUGUUGAAUCAGCAGGAGCUUUAAAGCCUGAAAAUAUCGUAUUGAUGGGUGUACAAGUUCUUAAAAAUAAACUCUCAAAUCUUCAGACACAACUCAGUCAUGAGACACAAACUAAUGCUCUAGCUAUUUAAAUUUACAACAUUACAAGCUAGUUUUUAUUCCUUAAUUUUAAUAAACUGAACAUCUUCUAAUAAAACACACGGAAAAUUUAAAACAAUUGUACUUAAUAAGGGUUUUCAUUAAGAAAUUUACUAUAUGUAGUUGCUUCCUCAUUCUGUCCAUUCGAUUCUUCUCUUGUUGUGUCACUUUUUGAUGCAUCUCGAUAUUUUUGAAGGAACAUCUUUAAUGGAUCUAUGUAAUUGUCGAAUCCCAGAUUCUGCAUUGCCCAUAAAAUAUCUUCACCAUUCAUUGUUUUCCUCUUUUCAUUUGAACAUCGCUCGGAUGCUUCUGAAGUAAUAAAAGAUAUAAAUUCGGAUACGCACUCUUGUACACACUCUCUGGCAUCUUUUGCAAUCUUUCCUUGAGUAUUGACUGGUAUUGCCUUUUUCAUUAUUUUUGCAAUAUUUGCAAUCGGAAGGAAUCUGUCUUGUUCUC